ACGGUUCAGACCGAAGUCCAGCUGCACUAUCAGAGCCCUUGCCAAUAUAUUCACCUUCAAGCAAGCCAGAACCUACAUCCAUGGAAAAAAUAAAGAGGAAAGAAUUUAAAAGUGGAGAAAAGCGUCGAGGGAGACCUCCUGCGCUUACCAGUGUGAAAUUCAAGAUCAGCCAUAAAGAGGGCAUUCCAGAUGCUCAGAAAGGAGGGAAGGAAGAAAAAGAGAAUGUAAAGAAAAUAAAGCGGGCACCGUCGGCUACCUUUCAGCAUGCUGCAAAAAUUAAGAAAUUAAGAGCAGGCAAACUCUCUCCGCUGAAGUCUCAGUUCAAGUCCGGGAAGCUCCAGAUUGGGAGGAAAGGGGUUCAAAUUGUACGCAGGAGAGGGAGGCCGCCUUCUUCUGAUCGCUUGAAGACCAUGCCAGCUCUUGUAAGUUCCCAGUUAGAAAAAGUCCAGAGGGUGCGAAAGGAGAGAGAGGGUAUACCAUCACUCCCCAAAGAUGAAAAGCCAACAGUCAGACAGAGCCCUCGCAGACCAGUAAGGAUUAUUCCUUCCUGCAAGAGGACAGAUGCCACAAUUGCCAAGCAACUCUUACAGAAGGCUAAAAAGGGAGCUCAGAAGAAAAUGGAGAAAGAAGCAGCAAAGCUUCAGGGCCGGAAGGGAAGGACUCAGCUCAAAAAUAUUCGGCAAUUCAUUAUGCCCGUGGUGAGCGCCAUCUCUUCACGGAUUAUUAAGACUCCCAAGCGUUUCAUUGAAGAUGAAGACUAUGAUCCACCAAUUAAAAUAGCACGCUUAGAGUCCACCCCAAACAGCCGCUUCAGUGCUACCUCUUGUGAGUCAAGCGAGAAGUCUAGUGUCGCAUCUCAGCACUCAUCCCAAAUAUCUUCAGAUUCCUCACGGUCCAGCAGUCCAAGUGUUGAUACAUCCACAGAUUCUCAGGCCUCUGAAGAGAUGCAAGGCUUGUCAGAAGAAUGCAACAACACUUCAGAAGUUCAUGCUUCUUUGCCAGUGUCCACUUCCCCUGAUAAUGAGGGUGGCGAGAGGAGGAGGAGGAGGAGGUUUUCAAUGGCAGAGAAGAAUUUUGCGCCCAAAGCAGCUAAAAAGCUGCCCAGUCUCCAAAGUGUGUCCCAACAGCAAUCAUCUUCUUCACCUCCUCCCCCACUCCUCACCCCCCCUCCCCCUCUGCAGCCAGCAGCCAGCAUCUCUGACCAUGCACCCUGGCUCAUGCCUCCCACCAUUCCUUUGGCAUCACCCUUCUUACCUUCUUCUGCUGCUGCCCCCGUGCAAGAGAAGCGGAAGUCAAUCCUCCGAGAACCAACAUUUCGUUGGACUUCUCUGAAGCCCUCUAGAUCUGAACCCCAGUACUUCUCCUCUGCCAAGUAUGCCAAAGAAGGUCUUAUCCGCAAGCCGAUUUUUGAUAACUUCAGGCCGCCACCCCUGACCCCCGAGGAUGUCGGCUUUGCUGCUGCUGGCUUUACCUCUCCUGGGGCCACAGCUCCUGCCCGCUUAUUUUCUCCUCUUCAUUCUGGAACAAGAUUUGAUCUACAGAAGAGAAGUCCCCUGCUGCGAGCUCCAAGGUUCACUCCCAGUGAGGCGCACUCACGCAUCUUUGAGUCUGUAACAUUGCCUUCUUCGAUUAAUCGAAGUGCUGCAGGAGGCGCUGCAACAGCAGCUUCCUCAAGAAAACGAAAGAGGCGAGUGUUCAGCCCAAUUCGAUCUGAACCAAGAUCUCCUUCACACUCCAUGAGGACAAGAAGCGGAAGACUCAGCACUUCUGACCUUUCCACGCUCCCUCCAUCAUCGUCAGCCUCUUCUUCCCUAGCAAGCAUUUCUGUGGGCUCCGUUACCACUAGUGCCUUAAACUCCACUUUCACUUUUCCUUCUCAUUCUCUGUCCCAAUCUGGGGAAUCAGCAGAGAAAAGUCAGAGGCCAAGGAAGCAGGCAAACCCUCCUGCCGAGCCAUUUUCAUCCGGUGGCACUGCUCCCCUUUUUCCUUGGUUCACGCCAAGUCCCCAGACAGAGAGGACCAGGAGCAGAGACAAAGCCACUGAGGAGCUAUCCAAAGACAAAGAAAGGGACGCUAGUCCUGAGAAGGAGAAGAACAGAGAAAGAGAUCGAGACAGGGAGAAGGAAAACAAACGUGACCCCAGGAAAGAAAAGAAGAAGAAGACUUCAGAAAUUCAGAGCAGCUCUGCUUUAUUUCCAUCAACUCGAGGUUCUAAAGGAAAGGUUGUUGUCAGUGAAGAUGUAGCAACCUCGUCUUUUGCCAAAAAACCUGCAGGACGGAAGAAACUAACUGCUGCUGAUCCAGCAGCAGAUGUCCCUGCUGUAGUUCUUGUGGACUCAGCCAUCAUCAAGACCAAGCUACCCAAGAAAAGCCGAGGGGGUCUGGACAAAUCAAAUCUGGAACUUGGUCUGGCAGCCUCUUCUGCAGAAAAGGAAGAGACUUUGCGCCUUCCCGCUGCAUCAGCUGGCAUCGUGAAACAUUCCUCCAUCAGCUCAGUAUUGGCUCAUGCUGACAAACUUCCAAUGACUGACAAGAGGGUGGCCAGCCUCCUGAAGAAAGCCAAAGCCCAGCUAUAUAAGAUUGAGAAGAGCAAAUCUCUUAAACAGGCGGACCAGCCCAAAGGACAGGGUCAAGAGAGUGAUUCCUCAGAAACCUCUGUGCGAGGUCCACGCAUAAAGCAUGUCUGCAGGAGGGCAGCUGUAGCACUAGGCCGCAAGCGAGCAGUCUUCCCAGAUGACAUGCCCACUCUGAGUGCCUUACCAUGGGAAGAACGGGAGAAGAUACUGUCUUCCAUGGGGAAUGAUGACAAAUCCUCUGUUGCUGGAUCAGAAGACGCUGAGCCCCUUGCACCUCCCAUCAAGCCUAUCAAACCAGUAACCAGAAACAAAGCCCCUCAGGAGCCUCCUGUGAAGAAAGGCCGACGAUCGAGACGCUGUGGGCAGUGUCCAGGCUGCCAAGUCCCAGAGGAUUGUGGCGUCUGCACAAACUGUCUGGAUAAGCCAAAGUUUGGUGGGCGGAACAUAAAAAAGCAGUGCUGCAAGAUGAGGAAGUGUCAGAAUUUGCAAUGGAUGCCAUCGAAAGCUUAUCUCCAGAAACAAGCCAAAGCUGUGAAAAAAAAGGAGAAGAAAUCCAAGUCCAGUGAAAAGAAAGAGAGCCAUGUUGGGAAGAAUCAGGGGGAGCCAGGACAAAAAACAGCAGCUCCUCCACUCGCUUUGGGGAAAGAGGAUCAUGCCUCGAAGAGGAGCAGCGAACCUGCCCGGAAGGCCAGUGAAGAAAAGAUAGAGGAAGGGCCGCUGCAGCCACCUAUCCCAGACCCCAGACAGGCUCUUCCCUCUGCCACCCGGAAAACUGGCAAACAAGCACCGCCUCCCAUGCCCCCUAUCCAGCUGCCUAGCUCGGGCCCACCCAAAAAGGAAGCCCCCAAAACCAUCCUUGCUGAGCCCAAGAAAAAACUAGCACCACCACUAGAAGCAGCUAUUGAGCAAAACAGACAGAAGAAAAUCAUUCCUCGUCCAAGCUUACCGGUGAAACAGAAACCAAAAGAAAAGGAGAAGCCGCUGCCAGUCAGCAAGCCAGAGAAUAGCACACUCAAUACAUUGAGCACUUUCUCAAGCAAUAACCCUUCCAAGCAGAAGCCCCUGACAGACGGGGUUCACAGGAUCCGGGUGGACUUCAAGGAGGACUGUGAAGCUGAAAGUGUUUGGGAAAUGGGUGGUUUAGGUAUCCUAACCUCCAUUCCUAUAACUCCCAGAGUAGUCUGCUUCCUGUGUGCCAGCAGCGGAAAUGUGGAGUUUGUGUAUUGCCAGGUCUGCUGUGAGCCUUUCCACAAAUUCUGUUUAGAGGUCAAUGAACGCCCACUGGAAGACCAGUUGGAAAACUGGUGCUGCCGUCGCUGCAAGUUCUGCCAUGUGUGUGGGAGACAGCACCAGGCCUCCAAGCAAUUGCUGGAGUGUAACAAGUGCCGGAACAGCUAUCACCCAGAGUGCCUGGGACCUAACUACCCAACUAAACCUACCAAGAAGAAGAAAGUUUGGAUUUGCACCAAAUGCGUUCGCUGCAAGAGCUGUGGGGCAACAACUCCAGGCAAAGGGUGGGACGCACAGUGGUCCCACGACUUCUCUUUGUGCCACGAUUGUGCCAAACUCUUCGCUAAAGGGAACUUCUGCCCCCUCUGUGACAAGUGCUAUGAUGAUGAUGACUAUGAAAGCAAGAUGAUGCAGUGUGGGAAAUGUGACCACUGGGUUCACUCCAAGUGUGAAAACCUCUCUGAUGAGAUGUAUGAAAUCCUCUCUAACCUUCCAGAGAGCGUGGCUUAUACCUGCAUUAAUUGCACUGAACAACAUCCUCCUGAAUGGCGGCUGGCACUCGAGAAAGAGCUGCAGCUUUCUUUAAAGCAAGUUUUGACCGCCCUAUUGAAUUCUAGGACAACUAGCCACUUACUACGUUAUCGACAGGCAGCCAAACCUCCUGACUUGAAUCCUGAAACAGAAGAAAGUGUGCCAUCUCAAAGUUCUCCAGAAGGCCCAGACCCUCCUGUACUAACAGAGGUUGGCAAGCAGGAAGAACAGCCACCACUUGAUCUGGAAGGCGUGAAAAGGAAGAUGGACCAAGGAGGCUAUCCUUCUGUGUUGGAGUUCAGCGAUGACCUUGUCAAGAUAAUCCAGGCGGCUAUGAACGCUGACGGAGGGCAGCCGGAACUCAAGAAGGCCAACAGUGUGGUGAAGUCCUUCUUCAUGAGGCAAAUGGAGCGAGUUUUUCCGUGGUUCAGUGUAAAGAAGUCCAGAUUUUGGGAACCAAAUAAGGUCACAGCAAACAGUGGAAUGCUGCCUAAUGCUGUCUUGCCCCCAUCCCUUGACCAUAACUAUGCACAGUGGCAGGAACGUGAAGAAAAUCGUUGUGCUCAGCAACCCCCUCUGAUGAAGAAAAUAAUUCCAGCUCCAAAAUCCAAAGGGCCUGGAGAGCCAGACUCCCCGACUCCGCUGCAUCCUCCUACCCCACCCUUAUCCAGUUCUGACAGAAGCCAGGAUGACAGCCCAGAACUUGCUCCUCCUCCAGAUGUGGAAGACAACCGGCAGUGUGCUCUUUGUUUGAAGUAUGGUGAUGAUGGAGGCAAUGAUGCUGGCCGUCUCCUCUACAUUGGCCAGAAUGAGUGGACCCAUGUGAAUUGUGCUCUGUGGUCAGCUGAAGUGUUUGAGGAGGAGGACGGCUCUUUGAAGAAUGUGCACGUGGCAGUGAUUCGUGGGAAGCAGCUGCGGUGUGAGUUCUGCCAGAAGUCGGGUGCCACAGUUGGCUGCUGCCUAGCCACUUGCACCAGCAACUACCAUUUUAUGUGUUCUCGGGCCAAAAAUUGUGUCUUCUUGGAGGAUAAGAAGGUGUACUGCCCACGACACAAGGACCUGAUCAAAGGGGAGAUGGUGCCAGAGAAUGGCUUUGAGGUGUUGAGAAGAGUCUUUGUGGAUUUUGAAGGAAUCAGCUUAAGGCGGAAGUUCCUGAAUGGUUUGGAACCAGAGAACAUCCAUGUGAUGAUCGGGUCGAUGAGCAUCGACUGUCUCGGCAUCCUGAGUGAUCUUUCUGACUGUGAAGACAAACUCUUUCCUGUUGGAUAUCAGUGCUCCCGAGUUUAUUGGAGCACAACAGAUGCUCGAAAGCGUUGUGUUUACACGUGCAAGAUCAUGGAAUGUCGUCCUCCCCUCCUGGAGUCAGAUAUCAACAGCACCAUGGAGCACGAUGACAACCGAACUAUUGCUCACAGCCCAGUGCCACUUUCAGCAGAAAUUCCAGCCAGAGAUGGCCAUGCAGUAUCAGAUGACAUAAACCCUCCACCUGCAGAUCUUUCUUCACAUCCUCAGAACUUCAAGGCUCUGCGGGUCAGAACACCAAGUUUUGCUCCUUCCCAGCGAACUCCUGGUUCGAGGCCAUUGCCUUCUGCAGGAAGCCCUACCCCUGUGACACAUGAGAUCGUAACUGUGGGAGAUCCUCUGUUGUCCUCUGGACUUCGGAGCAUCGGCUCCAGGAGGCCCAGCACAUCUCUGUUUUCACAGCCACUGAGGUCCUGGAUGCUGCCUCCCACCAGAGUUGGGACCACUAAUGCUCGACACAGCACCAUCUCUUCAGGACCCAGCAUGAGUCCUGCCUCAGAGCACGACAUUAGCAUCAAACUUACAGAACGUUCUGUGGGACCAGCAGCCUUGCACAUUGCUCUCCAGGACACCCCUCUCGGUUGUCAGAGUCCAGCAGUAGCAAGUGGAGGCAGAGGAGCUUCUCCUCUGGAGGGAACCCUCUCCUUUGAAACUGUGUCUUCUGGAGGGCCCUUUUCUGCCAAGUUAGAGAAGGGUAAGCUGCUGAGCCCCAAAGAUUCGAGUGCUUCCUGUGGGAACUCAAAAGCAGGCUGUCAUGGGCAAAGCUCCUCUGGCAUAGAAAUAAACCCAAGCAAGGGAGGGAAGUUUCCAGAGUGCCCUUCUGGGCUGUUUUCUCCCAAAGAAUCUGUGGCUUCUCCACUGUUGCAUCAGAAACCCCCAAAGAAAGAACAAGACCAGCAUCUAGCACAGCCAGACAAAAAUUGCUUUUACGAAGCUCCAGAAGCAAAGACUUCACCAUUUUCAGGAGUGAGUAACCGAUCUUGUAUGAAUGAUCCAGUCCCUUCUGUGGGUAGAGAGAGGCGACAAAAAAUGAAAAAGGGAACAAAAGAGAGACAUUCUAGUAAGCUUUUUAGGAGUUUAAGUCUCCUCCCAAGUAGCCACAAAGAAAGUGCAGAGACAGAAUUUGUUCAUCAGGCAAUGACACCCGAGCACGUUAAUCAGAAGCACUAUAAUAGCAUUGCUGUUGAGAAGCUCAUGGACAAUAGUUUGCUUAGCCAGGGGGCAGCCAAAGCACCUUUCCAGAGUGAAACGGCCAUUUCCAAGGAUUUGCAGACUUCACAGAAGCGCACAGUGAAAGUAACUCUGACUCCACUCAAGAUGGAAGGUGAAAGCCAAUCCAAGAAUAUUCAGAGGGAGAAUGAUGCAGAAUCUCAGCCUAAGGUUUGCAAACCAGCUUCUGGGUCCCAGUCCACUUCCAUUCCAGAGCACUCAGGAAAUAGUUGUGUUGUCCCAGAAAGUCAAAAUUCUACUUCAUCCUCAGCAGCCCCAAGUGAUCCACCUUAUCCAAAUCUGCCUGUUCAAGACAGCAGCUUGAUGCUCCAGGAUGGAGCAAAAACGCAGGAAGAUGGGUCUUACAAGCGGCGAUAUCCCCGGCGUAGCGCACGUGCCAGAUCCAACAUGUUCUUUGGUCUUACCCCUUUGUAUGGUGUGAGAUCAUAUGGUGAGGAGGACCUUCCCUUCUACAGCAACUCCACAGGCAAGAAGAGAGGAAGGCGGUCUGCUGAGGGACAAGUGGAUGGUGCUGAUGAUCUCAGCACAUCAGAUGAGGAAGACCUGUAUUACUACAACUUCACUAGAACAGUUGUCUCAAGCUCAGAUGAGCACACUGCUUCUCAUAGUUUAUUCCGUGAAGAGGAACAGAUCAACCUCCCCAAAAUCUCCCAGCUAGAUGGUGUGGAUGAUGGAACGGAAAGUGAUACAAGUGUCACAGUGACCACAAGGAAAAUCAGUCCGGGGAACAAGAGGGGUGGCAAAGAAAAUGGAACCGAAAGCUUAAAACUUGAACGAAGUGAAGAUAGCGGGGAGAAAGUGCAAGUGACCAAGAGUUCAGUGGGCCACAAAACCGCAGAUCCCAAAAUGGAGAACUGCCGGGUCAAAAACCAGGAUUCUUUGGAAGCUCAGCUGAGCUCCCUAGAAGCUGUUGGCCGCCGUCCUCGUCCCAACACAGAGCCCUCUGAGAAGAACCUGCUGGAUACGUUCAGCACAGAGCUGCUGAAGUCAGACUCCGACAACAACAACAGUGACGACUGUGGGAACAUUCUUCCUUCGGACAUCAUGGACUUUGUGCUGAAGAACACUCCCUCGAUGCAGGCCCUGGGAGAGAGCCCGGAGUCUUCAUCCUCGGAGCUCCUCACCCUGGGAGAAGGGCUGGGCCUUGACAGCAAUCGGGGCAAAGAUAUGGGCCUCUUUGAGGUGUUCUCCCAGCAGCUACCAGCAGCUGAGCCAGUAGACAGCAGUGUCUCUUCAUCCAUUUCAGCAGAGGAGCAGUUUGAGCUGCCCUUAGAGCUGCCUUCUGAUCUCUCGGUCCUGACCACCCGGAGCCCUGCCGUCCCCAGUCAGAACCAUGGCAGACUUGCAGUCAUUCCGGAACCUUCCCUUGCCUCCUCAGGGGAGAGGUCAAUGCUAGCUCUCCCUGCCACAGACUCUGCUGAAAAGAGGGUGACAGCCACAGAAAAGCCUUCCUCCAGUGAAGCAGAGCCAACGCUGCUAAGCCCACGAGUGGCCCCAAGCCCCGAUCCUUUCAUUCAGAGCCACUUGGAAGCAGAGCACCUGGCCAGCCCACCCUGUGGACCAAGAGAAGCCGGCCUUGGAGCCAGCCAAGACUUGGCUAGGACCACUGGGACCCCUGGCCUCCCAGUUUCUCCCUCCCUCCCCCUCCAAAAUCCCAAGUAUGGGCCAAAUGCCACAGACAGCCCCGGUCCAUCUCCAAUCUCGAACGCUGCUGUGCAGACAGCCCCUCUCCACUUGAAGGCAGCUGCUGACAAGCUCUUGGUUGUGAACCAGAACAUGCAGCCUUUGUAUGUCCUCCAGACUCUUCCCAACGGGAUUACACAAAAGAUCCAGCUGACCUCUUCGGUCAGCUCUGGGCCAGCCGUGAUGGAGGCCGGGGCUUCUGUUCUUGGGCCAAUGGGCACAGCCAGCCUUGCCCUGGCUGCAGGCCUAAACCCCAGCUUACCUUCCUCCAGGCCUCUCUUCCCCCCGGCUGGCAAAGGGCUGCUGCCCAUGCCCCAUCAACAGCACUUGCAUUCCUUUUCUGCAAGCCCCUCCAGCGGCAGCAGCAGCAGCAGUUUCCCAGCAGCCCUUGGCAGCUCUGCCCCGGGCCUCCUGAUUGGUGUCCAGCAGCCGCCUGACCCUGAGGCGAGUCAAAGGGCAGAUAUUGGGCCUGCGGUCACCCCCCCACCCACCGGCCUCAGCAAGAAACGGCCCAUUGCGCGCCUGCACUCCCGAAGGAACAAGAAGCCUGCUCCUACUGCUGUUGCUCCUUCUGACGUCGCCUCAAACAUGACCUUGAUUAACUUUACUCAGUCCCCGCCACCCAGCCAUCCAGGCCUGCUGGAUCUGGGAGCUACAUCCCCUAGAACCUUGCCCAGCAUUAUCAAGCGCUCCAAGUCAGGGGUUAUGUAUUUUGAGCAGGCAUCUCUGUUGCCCCAGGGGGUGGGAGCCUCCGCUGCAGAAGCGGCCCUUGGAACAUCUCCUAGCAUAGCUGGGCCAGAGUCUGGCCACCUAGCGUCCCCUCCGUCUGCACUGAAUGUGGCCCCCCUGCCAGCUCCUGCAGCACCUGCCACAGGCCCAGUGGUUCCUCCCCACCUGUUGGGACAAGGGGGGUCUGAAGUGCCGGGCGUUUCAGAUAUGAGCUCCCUCAACAGCCUUUUAAUCAAAGCCACUCGGCGAGGUCUGGGCCUCCCCGACCAGCCUGCUUCAGUGCCAUUGGCAGCUUCCAGGAUGUUUCCAUCACAUGAGGAGGUCUCGUCAGCUCAGUCUGCUUCCACGGUGGUGGCAGCGGCAACAGCUGCUGCAGCGACCAACAUCUCUGUCUUGCCUUCCUCGCAGGCAGUGGGCAUGUCAGCUGAUCCUGGAAGCUCCUACCAGGCUGAGCCUCUAACGCAGCUUCUGGCGUGCAAAGCUGGGCCUGCCCCACCUCAAAUGGACCUCCCUCCUCCCCAGGCAUCUCCACUUUCAGACUUUCCCCAGCUGAUGGACACGGCAGUGGUGGAGCAAAAGAGACUGCCCCCCUGUGCCCCUUCAGCCUCCCCUGGGAGUUCCGCCUCCACUGUGCCAGGCUCCGCGAGGGCCAAGUCCAAAGUUAAGCGCUUGCAGACCCCUUUGGGCAGCAAAGGAUCUGGGAAGAAACCCAAGAUGCCUCCCUUCUGGAACAGCUUCCCUGGCCAAUGCAUUCCACAGCAAGGCGCAAGGGUGGCAGCCCAGGACCCAGGUGGAGGGUCUCAGUCCUUGAGGGUGCACCCAGAGGAGACAGUAGAUGUAGUGCAGCCAGUCCACAAAGCAGCAGGGCAGCUACAGUCUCUCCCAGAAUUGCAGCCAACACAGCCUACUGCAAAUGAGUUAGAACGUGCAGAUUCCAAAAUUCAUGAGGAAGAGGAGGAGGAGGAGGAGGAGGAGGAGGAAGAGGAGGAAGAAGGUAGCUUUAGCUCCCCCCUCAUGUUUUGGCUGCAGCAAGAGCGAAAACGAAAAGAAAGCCUUGCAGAGAAGAAGCCCAAGAAAGGACUGAUUUUUGAAAUCUCCAGUGAUGAUGGCUUUCAGAUCUGUGCAGAAAGUAUUGAAGAGGCCUGGAAAUCCUUGACAGAUAAAGUUCAGGAAGCUCGGUCGAAUGCCCGCCUGAAACAGCUUUCCUUCGCAGGUGUGAGUGGGCUGCAGAUGCUGGGCAUUCUCCACCACGCUGUCGUGUUCCUGAUAGAGCAGCUGUAUGGAGCCAAGCACUGCCCCAACUACAAGUUCAGGUUCCACAAGCCAGAGGAGGCCAAGGAGCCCCCUGUGAAUCCCCACGGCUCUGCCAGGGCUGAAGGGCACCUCAGGAAGUCUGGUCUUGACAUGUUCAACUUUCUGGCUUCUAAGCAUCGCCAGCCCCCACAGUACAAUCCCAAUGAUGAGGAGGAAGAGGAGGUGCAGCUGAAGUCUGCCCGGAGGGCAACCAGCAUGGAUCUUCCAAUGCCCAUGCGGUUCCGACACUUGAAGAAGACCUCCAAGGAGGCAGUUGGGGUUUACAGGUCUCCUAUCCAUGGACGAGGCCUGUUCUGCAAAAGGAACAUUGACGCAGGGGAGAUGGUGAUUGAAUAUGCUGGCAAUGUGAUUCGCUCCAUAUUAACUGACAAACGUGAGAAAUAUUACGACAGUAAGGGCAUUGGCUGUUACAUGUUCCGUAUUGAUGACUCAGAAGUAGUAGAUGCCACCAUGCAUGGGAACGCAGCACGCUUCAUCAAUCACUCUUGUGAGCCCAACUGCUACUCCCGAGUCAUCAACAUUGAUGGGCAGAAGCAUAUUGUCAUCUUUGCUAUGCGCAAGAUCUACCGUGGUGAAGAGCUCACCUAUGACUACAAGUUUCCCAUUGAAGAUGCGAGCAACAAGCUGCCCUGCAAUUGCGGUGCCAAGAAAUGCCGACGGUUCCUCAACUGAGCAGCCAAGCCAAGCCAAGCCACAGCAGUGGCCGGAGUUAAGAGUCAGGCUGCUGGUGCCCCUCCAUAGUAGCAGAUGUGUAGGCUUGGUCUGGUAGGGUGUGACCUGCCUGGAACAAGGUGGACUUUGGCGUUCUGUAUGAUUAGGAAAAUUGGGGUGUGGGGCUGCAGCAACCAAGGCCUUGCUUAGCCUGCAAGGCGAGGCAUUUCUUCCAGGGCACCUUGCUGCCCCCUCAAGUUUGGAAUGUGUGGCCUGCCCUCAUGUUCCAGCUUGGGCUGGCGUCUUGGUGGUGAUUCUCCAAAAUUCCUGCGGCCACUGGGGAGGAAUCCCAAGCAAGCAGUUUGGGCAGUGGAGUACCAAGUACUUUGGGUGGGCUUAUAGGAGGACAAGCAGACCCUUAGAGGAGGAGCUCCUGUCCCAGAGAACAGCCUGUGGAACUGAACUUUCACAACUGACCCCGGCCCUAUAUCUCUCCUCCAGUCAGAAAUUUAGAGGCCCCCAAAGUGGAAAUGGAGCACUCCAGAUGGGCCUCUUGGAAGCAGCAGUGGUAAGCAGCUUGUUUUCUGACGUGAAAUAAGCACUGGUAAACCUUCAAGGGGCUGUCGUGGCAGCAGUUGUAACAACAGCCCCCUGUGUUUGCAAAGAGAUUAGGAAUCCCGGACUUUGUUAAAUCCAUGUCCAUUUUCAAGCCUAUAGAAGCAGCACUACUUCUCAGCCUCCUUCAGUUGCGCCAUCUUGAAUUAAGUCAUUGGAUUUUCCUUGGUUCUGUUUACACUUUAGUAUUUAAAGUUUUAUAAAUGUAAAUAUAUUUUGUAUAUUUUUCUAUGAGCAGCACUUCAUAGGGAAGAGCACUUAGGAGACUAUUUUUUCAGUCAUGGUAUCAUCCUGAUUUAAAAGAAUCCAUUUUAAGGGUGAAUGUUUUAUUUUAAUAGGAUGGUCUUUCCAAGGUUUGGGCCAGGCAUAUCCUGAUUCUUCCCUCAGGAGGGAGAAGAGGCUUUUUGGGUGCUGCUUUAGCUAACGGUUAAGUUUGGAGGGAGGAAGCUUUCUCCCAUUUUCAGGAGAGGUUUUUGGAACAACCCCUAUUCAGAUAUCGGUGGGCCUUCCGUUCUCCUCUCCCUGGAUGUGAGGAGAACUGCCAAGAUUCUCUCUAACCUCCUCUCCCUUCCCUGCCUCGUUUCAGGGCCAGAGGAGUAAACACCCAGUUUCCCACCAGGUUGCCC